AUGUCUGGCGCUGUCGCCCGCCUGGCGAAUAUCAACGUCGGCGGCGUUGUGAACGCUGCUGGCUCCCUCCUUAACCUCCAAUCCCAAAGAAAUGCUAACAGUGAUGAUGGUGGAAGUGCUGAUCUCGGCCUCAUCGGCCUGGCCGUCAUGGGCCAGAACUUGAUUCUGAACAUGGCCGACCAUGGCUUCACCGUUUGCGCUUUCAACCGUACCGUUUCCAAGGUCGACCGCUUCCUUGCCAACGAGGCCAAGGGCAAGAGCAUUGUCGGCGCUCACUCUACCGAGGAGUUCGUUAAGAAGCUCAAGAGCCCCCGCCGCAUCAUGCUUCUCGUCCAGGCCGGCAAGGCUGUCGAUGACUGGAUCGAGACCCUCCUUCCCCUUCUCGAGGCUGGUGACAUCAUCAUCGAUGGCGGUAACUCACAUUUCCCCGACUCCAACCGGAGAACAAAGUACCUUGCCUCCAAGGGUCUCCGCUUCGUCGGUGCCGGUGUCUCCGGUGGUGAGGAGGGUGCCCGCUACGGCCCCUCCAUCAUGCCCGGUGGUGAUGAGUCAGCCUGGCCCUUCAUCAAGGACAUCUUCCAGAGCAUUGCUGCCAAGAGCGGUGGUGAGGCUUGCUGUGAGUGGGUUGGUGACGAGGGUGCUGGUCACUACGUCAAGAUGGUGCACAACGGUAUCGAGUACGGUGACAUGCAGUUGAUCUGUGAGGCGUACGAUAUCAUGAAGCGCGGUCUCGGCAUGUCCAGCAAGGAGAUUGGUGACACCUUCACCAAGUGGAACAACGGUGUCCUCGACUCUUUCCUGAUCGAGAUCACCAAGGACAUCAUGUACUUCAACGAUGAGGAUGGCAAGCCUCUCGUCGAGAAGAUCCUCGACAAGGCCGGCCAGAAGGGUACCGGCAAGUGGACUGCCGUCAACGCCCUGGACUUGGGCAUGCCCGUCACUCUCAUUGCCGAGUCUGUGCUCGCUCGCUGCCUGUCUGGCAUCAAGGAGGAGCGUGUCAAGGCUUCCACCAAGCUCGAGUUUGUUGGCCGUGCCACCACCUUCGAGGGUAACAAGGAGCAGUUCCUCGAGGACCUCGAGCAGGCCCUCUAUGCCUCCAAGAUCAUCUCCUACGCACAAGGCUUCAUGCUCAUGCAGGAGGCGGCCAAGGAGUACGGCUGGAAGCUCAACAAGCCCUCCAUUGCCCUCAUGUGGCGUGGUGGCUGUAUUAUCCGCUCCGUCUUCCUCAAGGACAUCACCGCCGCCUAUCGCAACAACCCCGACCUUGAGAACCUCCUCUUUGACGACUUCUUCAACAAGGCCAUCCACAAGGCUCAGCCCGGCUGGAGAGACGUCGUCUCCAAGGCCUCGCUCCUUGGUCUCCCCAUCCCCUCUUUCUCCACUGCCCUGUCGUGGUUUGAUGGCUACAGAACCAAAGACCUGCCCGCCAACCUCCUCCAGGCUCAGCGUGAUUACUUCGGUGCCCACACCUUCAGAAUCAAGCCCGAGGCUGCCACGGCCAAGUACCCCGAGGGGCAAGAUAUCCACGUCAAUUGGACCGGCAGAGGAGGCAACGUCUCUGCUUCUACUUACCAAGCAUAA